AUUUGAUUAUAUGAAUAUUUACUGUAUUAAAUUCACUAUUGAAAGAUAUGACUGGAUACGGACUGUUGAAACAAAAGUAUAUCUUCACGGUGUUGGCAGGAUUGUUCGUGUUCCUGGUACUUCUGCAAUUGAACAUAUUGGACAUACGUGUAACCGGCAACUUCAUUAGAAAAAAGCAAGAUUCUGUCAUUCAACAGUUUGAGCAUCGAGUCUGGAACGAACAUCUUACAAAUCUCUCAGUUUAUAAAGGCGGCCGUUUGUUGACAGAGGACAAUCUAGAGAGUAUAAAAGCUAUAAGUAUAGAGCACUGCCGUAGUCAGAGGUUUUUGGUAUUCAAAUGUGAUUCCUCGAGUUUAUGUGGAGGUUUGGCUGACCGUCAGAAAGGAAUUGUGUCCUCUUUUCUCCUGGCAUUACUUACAAAUAGGACUUUUGUCGUCGAUAUGACAACUCCGUGCGAGCUAAACAACUUUCUCUUGUCAAAUAUUUACAAUUGGUCAAUGUGUACUGACUUUCUGAAGACUGUCCCAAAGACAAACUUCAUUGAAUUAAAGUAUGUUAAUGGAAAUACAAAGAAAUUCCUGAAUCAAGUUGAAAGUUUCAAUUUUGACAGAAACUGGACAAAACAAGUAGUAGUUUUACGAUUAAACGCCUAUGCAAUCGACGGGAUAAGACAACAUAAACAAGCUAGAACACGACUUAAAUGGUUGAUGAAUAUUACAAAUGAAGAAGCAAUACAUUUAGUACUGCAUACUCUGUUUAAGCCAAACCAAAGACUAUUGAAGGAUGCUGUACAAUUCUAUGAUAAUAAAAUACUAGGGAGGCAUUUAGUAUGUAGUCAUAUUCGAAUUGGGAAAAAUCCAAGCAUUCCAGAGGACGGUACACGUCCUAGGGGAUAUUCAAAUGAGACUGUGAUAUUUGACUUUUUGGAAAAGUACGAUGAUGUCCGAAAAUAUGUCAUUUAUAUUGCUUCCGAUUCAGAAGAUAUAAAAAGACAUGCUGAAACCAGAUUUAAAUCAUACAUUAAAAUACAUCGAACAAUUGUUCAUGUUGACCGGCUAGGAAAGCUAAAACGUUUCACAAAAGAAGCUUGUGAGGGAUUGUAUACAGCACUUUUGGAGCAAUCAAUUCUAACUCUAUGUGACACACUACUUUUAACACGUAGCGGCUUUGGUACUAUGGCGGCGUACUUAAGAGGCACCUCUGACAAUUUAUUUUUGUUUCAUCCGAAAACACAAAGAAUACUUGAAUCAAAUCUAACAAACAUUCAAACGAUUUUCAAAUUCCUUUAAAAAGUAAAGUUUCCGUUUAUAGCACAUCUUUAAGGUUAAGAAGUUUCUAGGUUAUUAAAAUCAUAAGUACAAACGCAAUGGCAGUAAAGGAGUAUGUAAUACAUAGUCACGAAUUGUCCCAGUUAAAUGCCCGAAUUGUAAGUUAAAAAACAUGGCAAAUAAAUUUUAAAUGAUACUGAAAAAAAAAUUAACGGGUCAUAAAAAGCAAAAUUUAGCCACACAUUACUUUUAAAUGCACUAAAAGUACCUGUUAGAUAUUUGGCUCGACUUUUUGAAGAAAACGUUGUGCUGUUGCACUCACCCCGGCGUCGGCGUCAGCGUCGCCGUCGCCGUCGGUUAAACCUUUUGAUAAAAUCAAAUAUCUCUGUUACUAUCAAAGCUUUUGACUUGAAACUUAAAAUAUUUAUUUACUUUCAAAGUCUUCACCAGGAGAAACAAUUCCCGUUACUUUGAUUGAUUUUUGACAGAGUUAUGCCCCUUUUUAAUUUAGAUUUUGUUUGUUAAAGUUUUAUAAAGUGUUUACUGGCAAAGCUCUAAUUCAGAGUCAAGCACUGAGAAAAGUCGUGCUUGCUGUCUUAUGGACAACUCAUGUUUAUUUGCCUUUUCAGACAAACUGUAGUCGACGUAAUGAUAAAGAUUGUCUACCCUUUCUGUCUCAUUAAUUAUUUCCUAUAAUCUAAAUCAAAGAAGUAGGUAUAUAUUGUAGCGG